CUCGUCCUUUUGGCAUCUUUUGCAGGCCCUGACCAGAAGAACGCUCCAAGGCCACUUGUCAUCCUCUAGAACACAUUAAUCCGCGUCUACCGUCGGAUAGGCCAGAACGGUAACCAGCAAACACUUCGUCUCUUCCUCACGCCACCCCAGCGAUGGCUCUCAACCAAGAUGUGUCCUGGUUUGUCCCAUUCCGUGCUCAUAAUCCUUCUAGAAAUAAAAAUUGCAUAUGUUACGCUCCAUCGAGGAAGGCUAGGUGUAGGGCUUCUUGUGAGAGGCAGGACAAUAGGCGCGCGAUCGAACUUCACAAAAUCAUCAAUGAUCUCCCAGCUGAGGCCGUCGAUACACAGCUAAUCGAAGAAUACAUCCUAUCUGUUUGCUGUAGAUUCGCUUAUCAUCGAGAUCGCAUAGAAGACCUUGGGCUUUUGACACCGUUAGCUGAGAGGUGGUUGGAUGAGAUUACGAUACACGCUACCGAGCAAUCCAGACGCGCAGUCUCUCCCGCUUCUCUGGGAGCAAACACUGCCCUCCGAGGUGCUGCCACGGUCUCAACUAUAUCAACUCCCAGUCGUGCUAUACAAGCCUACACGGCCCCUACAGCCAACACCACGCCCACAGCUUACCCCACUCCUCCAGUCUCCACUUCACCUCCAGCUUAUACUACGCCAACGGCUUCCCCCACGCUUACGGCCAGCCCGCUCCGCUACCGGUACAAUACCCCAACACCCAAUGAAGUCAAUACAACACCUCCCAUACCCGUCUCGAGCGCGUUGAACUCCCUAGUUUCGCCCUCUAGAUCUUCAAUCACCAGUCUUGAAAUAGCACCUAUACCCCCUGAAAUCCAACCACGAUACAAUCUCCGCCAUCGUGAUGCUAAAACCUCCACAAAUGCUUCCUCAGUUCGAUCUAGGACAUCCCCCCGACCUCCGCUAUCUGAGUUCCGUGCCCACAUUUCAGAACCAGGUCCCACCGACUCCGUCUCAUCCAAAAUCCAGGAUAACCUGAUAGACCGAGACUUCGAGACCGGCUCGCUUUACAUAUUCGACCGCACGUCUUCUCCCGGACACGUAAAGAUUGGCUGGACCGCAUCCUCCGUCUCGAGGCGUCUCGAAUCUUGGUCCGAGUGCGGAUACACGCCGAAUCUGCUGUUCCAGGUGGACGGCGUCCCACACGCGCAGCGAGUAGAGACCCUCACGCACUACGAGCUGAUCAAGGAAUGGCGCCGGGAGCGCAUGUGUAAGGCCGAGUGGUGUCGUAAGAGCCAUCGGGAGUGGUUCGAGGUCAGCAAGGAGAGAGCAAAGCAGGUUCUAAGCGAUUGGGCGAAAUUCGCGAAAGUUGCUAAGCCAUAUGAUGCGAACGGAUGUUUGAAAAUCGAGUGGAAAGAUUUUGUGAAGAAGACUGCUAAAAGUGGAGAGACCGUUACUGCUACACAGUUGUUGGCGCACUAUGAGAUGUCUCUUGUCGAAGACACGACACUCGUGGAAGAGUCUGCAGAACCAGAGCCUGAGCCGAAGAUUGAGGAGCAGGAAGAAGGUGCUUCGAGUGCGCCGAAGCUGGAAAAUAUAGAAGACACUAAGGGAGCAGUAGCGCGACUUGAUUCGCUGCGGACUGAGCUGUGGACUGAGCUGCUGACAUCCGCGAAGGACUCGCAACUGUACAAAAGCGAAGCAUUGCCUGCACCAGUCCCAUUGACAUCAAUUUCUUCUCCUAGGCUGAAAGAGCAACCCAAGAUAGAUCCGGUCAAAUUCGAGCCGCUGGCAAAACCAGAGUUCUCUUUCACAACCAGAUCGUCACAUGGGCAACCUCUUCCGAAAUUUGAGGACCUCUUCAGAUUCGACUCACCGCCAAGAACAGUGCUCCCUGCCACAGCCAAGUCAUCGCCUGAGGGAAUGACUAAAGGUGUCUCUAAAACUGAGAUGCUACCCAGGUCAGAGUUCACUUUCACGACCGAAUCACCCCUCAAAACCAAGCGGUCGCCGAAAACAAAAGAAUUCCUUAGAACCGAGGAUUGGCCUAAGCAAUUCUCUUUCACAUCCAAAUCCCCAUUCAAUUUCGAGCCAAUACCAAAGACAGAAGCUCAACCUAAAGGAGACUUUACUUGCACAACCGGUGUGCCGCAGUUUAAGUUCGAGCCGUCAUGGGAGUCUUCGGCAACCCCUACGCCGGAUUCAUUAUUUGGAACGGGGCUGUUGUCCAAGACCAAGCCGCUUCAGAAAGAUGCUGCAGCAGAAACAGCACUAGCAGAUAAGGGGGUGUCGCCAGAGAAAAUCCAAUCGACCUCUUCCCCACUGGUUCCACCUCCCCUUGCAUCUGGAGAGUCAGAAGGCGAUGGACAAGUGGAGGCUGUGAGUGAGCCCGGCGACAGACCGAUACAUGAAAGUGUGAUCAAGGUAGAAGAUGCCGAUGAAAGCGCAGUAACUGAGAUCGAACCAAGCAUUGGAGACGAUGAAUGGGAUAACGAAGAAACGCUCGUAGAAACUGAACCACCGGGGUCUUUGAAGGAGGCGGCGUUGAAGAUAGUUGAGGCAUUUUGCCCCGACACUUCAAUCGGGAAAACCAAUGGCCUAGAAGUGCUGGAAAGUGAAGUUACGCCGGUCGUUCAGGUUAUUGCACAGACAUAAGUUGGCCAUUUUCCGGGCUAUUUCUGAUAGAAGUUAAGUGUAAAGUUAUUUUAUUAGAUGAGGAGCGCAGCUCUGGCUAUAU